GCAGGGACCGCUUCAACCGCAACCCUCUCUUCUCUCUCACCGAGGGAGAAAAAAAAACCUAAUUUUUAUUUUCUCCUCCUUUUUUUUUGCAAAAGUCACGAGGAGAAAAAGAGAGGAGAGAUCUCAUCUGAGGCUUCAGUUUGCGGUGAUAUUGUGAAAUUGAGAGGAAAGGAGGGGGCUUUUUUGUGAAAAGGGGCAGAGGAGGAGAUGAGCGCGUCGAGGUUUAUAAAGUGCGUGACGGUCGGCGACGGCGCCGUCGGCAAGACCUGCAUGCUCAUUUCGUACACCAGCAACACCUUCCCCACCGAUUAUGUACCAACUGUGUUUGACAAUUUCAGUGCAAAUGUGGUGGUGGAUGGCAACACAGUUAACUUAGGUUUGUGGGAUACUGCAGGCCAAGAGGAUUACAAUAGAUUAAGACCCUUGAGCUACCGUGGAGCUGACGUUUUUCUCCUGGCAUUCUCUCUUAUCAGUAAGGCCAGCUAUGAAAAUGUUUCAAAGAAGUGGAUUCCUGAACUAAAGCACUAUGCUCCAGGGGUUCCAAUAGUCCUUGUUGGAACAAAGCUUGAUCUUCGGGAUGAUAAGCAGUUCUUCGAAGAUCACCCUGGUGCUGUUCCCAUUUCAACGGCACAGGGGGAAGAAUUGAUGAAGCAAAUAGGUGCUCCAGCCUACAUAGAGUGCAGCUCAAAAACGCAGCAAAAUGUGAAGGGAGUAUUUGAUACUGCUAUCAAGGUAGUACUCCAGCCACCGAAGGCAAAGAAGAAGAAGAAGAAGGCACAGAAGAGCUGCUCCAUUUUGUAAACAAGCAACAGCUCUCGAAUACAUCCCAUCACCACUACCUAUGCUUGUUGCAGUUCUCCUUUCUAAUUCGUAACAAGUCAUUGGUGUAUAUUCAUCUGACAGCAGUAUUGAAGGAAAGAUGUGGGAGACGCUAGGAAACAUGUUUCAUCGUCUCCUACUGUGUCCUGUCUUGUGUUUUAUGGGUGAUAAUAUCUGUAACUGAUCUUUUAGAACAUGAAAACAUCUGAAACUUGUUUUUCUGUCCUAUAUUCCCGUGUUGUUUCUUUGUUUAAAGCUUCUAAAGGUUUCGGAUACGGAUAAAUGUUCGCAGCUUCAGCCUCGUCUUUUUUCUCUUAUGGAUUUGGUUCGUUCAUAAUCUUA